AUGGCUACUCCAGACGAACAAAUCCAAAUCGCGGCCCAAUGUCUUUGCAAAAAGCACACCUUCGCGUCGGCUGUCUUGCGCUCGUCUCUCCCACUGAAGGCGACAGCAUGUCACUGCACUUCCUGUAGACGCUGCACCGGCGCACUAUACAGCAUGGACAUCCCAUGGCCUGGAAAUGGCGACGAGAUACGCGAUUCGACUCUCAGGAAGUAUAAUUUCUCACAGCGGAUAACAUUACUCUUCUGUGAAAUUUGCUCGUGUCCUAUGUUCUUCGAAACCAAGAAGCCGCAGCAAGGCGAAUUCGACAACGCACCGGGGAGCGAAUACGGCGUCCUGACUGGCACGCUGUCCAAUGAUGGCCCGGAUGGCCUGGUGAAGGUCGAGGACCACAUGUUUGUUGGCGAUACGAAGGACGGAGGAGCAAGCGUGUGGAUGCGGAAUCUCAACGGAGACGGCGUGGGAAUAAAGAGGUGGUUGGGGCGGACGUCUGAAAGCGAAGAAGUUCCACUCGACUGGCCGGGAGCUUCAACCCUAGCGACCGAAGUAAAAAGUGAGGUCGCUGAGAUUCCCAUGCGGUGCCAUUGUGGCGGUGUCGAUCUGGUCUUCCAGAGACAGAAGGCAGAGGAAGAAUUCAUGGCAAAGGCCAAAUCAGAUCUCCCAUGGUUCGUUGAUCCGGCGAAUAGGAAGCUGAUGGGCUCUGUGGAUCCUUGCGACUCCUGUAGGCUGUCAUCUGGGGUGGACUUCUGGGCCUGGUCCUUCGUCUUCCUGAGACACAUUGGGUUCCCUUCGAAAACAGGCGGUGGUAUCAGCUUUCCUGCUGAUACAAAGAAGUUGAAGGCAGCUGUAUUGACACAAGGACCGGACCGAGACCCAAGGUUGGGUACUUUGAGCUUCUACUCGAGCUCCAAGGAUGUGCAGCGGUACUUUUGCUCAUGCUGCUCCGCCAGCGUAUUUUACGCUGUGGAUGACAGGCCGGAACUGGUCGACGUGGCUGUCGGAUUGUUUGAUGCUGCAGAUGGAGCAAGAGCCGAAAGCUUACUGUCCUGGGGAAUGGUGCGGACCCUGCCGAAGUUUGUGUGGAGGGACGACAUGAUAAAUGGUUGGAGGAAGCAGUGGCUCGAGUCGGUCGAGUCGGAAGCUGAAGCCCAUAGAAGGAACAGAAAGUAA